GAGAAAACAUUGGUCGGUCGGGGUGGCAAACUGACGCUAACACAGUUACGCAAUUUAGAGUCGAUUUGCUAAAGGAUGUGAUGGAGUUUGUUAAAUACGUUACGUUAGCAUAGUUUAUCUGAAUUGGCGAUAAUAAGUCGGUUAGUGGAUAGUUAGCAUACCUGGCUACCUGCUAGCUGACUGGACAGUGGUGAACAGCAUAGGCGUUUUAGCCCGAUGCUAAUAUUUGUUGUAUGACUUAGUAGCCACAAAACAAAGCUCAUAAUCUUUUAUACAUCACCAGAGCUUUCAGUUUCACUAUGAGAUUGUAACAGCCUCUGACACUUGUCAACAUUAUCACUACACUAAAUAAGAUUUAUUUCCAUUAUUAGAAACAGACUAUGACCAUGCGUGUUGAUGCCAAGGUGGUCAUGCUGGGCAAGGAGAGUGUGGGCAAAACCAGUCUGGUGGAGAGAUAUGUUCACCAUCGCUUCCUUGUCGGACCCUAUCAGAAUACCAUUGGUGCCGCAUUUGUUGCCAAGGCUAUUAACGUUGGUGACAAAGUGAUUACAUUGGGAAUAUGGGACACGGCAGGAUCUGAGCGCUACGAGGCCAUGAGUAGAAUUUACUACAGAGGAGCCCGGGCUGCUAUUGUGUGUUAUGGUACAGUUCCUUUUUUUAAGGAAGUUGUAGACUUGACUGAUAACACCAGUUUCCAGAGAGCCAGAUUCUGGGUAAAGGAGCUACAGACCUGUGAGGAGCACUGCAAGAUCUAUUUGUGUGGCACCAAGAAUGACCUCAUUGAAGCUGACAGGAGUGCCCGACAAGUCGAUUAUCAUGAUGUACAGGACUUUGUGGAGGAAAUUGGCGCACAGCACUUUGAGACCUCUAGCAAAACAGGACACAAUGUUGAUACACUCUUCAUGAAAGUAGCAGAGGACUUCAGUAACUCGGCUUUUGAGCUAAUGUCAGAAGAGAAAGGAGUGAACCUGAGCCAAAAGAAAGACUCGUAUAUUUAUACCUGCUGCCAUAACUGAUCCAAUACAGGAGACGGAAAGGAAGUAAGAACUGGAAACUACAGUGCAUGGAAAUGAUCAUUGUUCCUCAUUGCCUUUUCCCACUUGGUAUAACUGCAGUGAGAUGUUUGACAUUUCUUGGUCUGUGACCAUUCACGUUUACACACAUGGUAAAAGUUACUGUGCCAUACUCUCACGUUUAGCUUGCCUGGUUUAUCUAUCGUUUUUUUUUAGCAUUGAGCUAUGUGUGUGGUUGCUUUUUGAUUGUUUCUGACACCAGUCUUGAUAAAAUGAUUGGAACCAGGACACAGCCAGCCGUCUUCUCGAACAAGAUUUGACAUCUGGGGAAAGGCAUUGUGAUAAAUGCUUUUGAACAGUUGAAAACAAGACAAGACAACAUUUCCAACUUUUCAAACAACCUACUCUUUCAAAUGAAUAUUCUAGAAAUAGGUUUACCAUUUCCUUUGGUUCUUUUGAAUGUGUUUUGCAGUACAUUAAUUACUAUUACCUUCUAAACAGAGAUUGCUUCUAAUGGUGCAGCACAGUCUGCUCAAACUGAACAGUUCAUACUUUAGGAAAGCUGUUUCAAUGUACGGCAUUGUUGUCUUUAGUGGUGAGACAUACACUUAAAUGAGUGGCAACCUGGCUGUUUUUCUUACUGCAUUCUGUUCUACAUACCAUUUGUAGUGCAUUUAUUAGACAUACUAUUGUGUACAGUAGUGUAAGGUUUGGGACAAAGUGGACUACUGCUGCCAUCAUUACUCUGAGCUUCGCUUUCAGGAGACACAGAGUAGAGGCGAGUUCAUAUCUGUCUCAAUAACACGUUGUUCCCUGCCACCAUUAAACCAAACUUGGAAGGUUUCGAACCUUGUUGGAGAAGGAGGCUGGACCACCAAGACUUUGGUGUGGAACUGGCUGAAGCUCAGUGCUGAGGUGUUUUAUUUGACAGGAUGACUACAGAUUUACUGACAAACUGAGAAUGUUCUAUAAGUUCUGUCUGCAUAUAUUCAUGUAAAAGCAAACAUGGCUCACAGUCACAUGGAGUCUGAGAGCUGGCUUAUUUACAUAUACUAUACUGGAAGUUCCUUUGCUUAAGGUGCACCUAUCAAUGCAAGUUCCUGGAUUUGUGUGAGCUUUAAAUUUAAGUUCAUUGAGUUUAUAGAUGAUGUUGGCCUUUUGGAAAUCUAAAAAGAUGUGCUUGCCGUCAACUUCAGCCUAAUUUAUUUAUCCAACUGGGAGCCGACUUGCAGCACAUGUUGAAUGUGAUGUUCAUAAUUACAGUGAUGAAAAUAUAAUUAUCUGUUUUAACUUUUUA